UUAACAAUACUUGACGCUUGAGAGCUCUAUCUUCAGCAGAGCUCUCUUCAACGGCCGCCAUCAGUUCUUCAGAUGCUCUCUUCUUCUUUAUUGCGCUCCGACCAACGCCCACCUAAAGCAUGAAUCUCCCCAACGCUCUGAAAGCGAGGAGAAACCUCACUUCGCUGUUUCGUAUCAUGCUACUGUUCCGCGAUCUCCGUGCAUUUUGAUGAAAACAACGUGAGAAGAUUGUUGCUGUGUUAUGAUGCAAGGUUGAAUUCGAAAUCUCUUUCCAGGAUUACGAGGUUCUUUCUGCUUCUUUUUCUACCUAUUUAUCUCGCUAUUUAGGGUUUUCGGAGCGCGCCAUUGCUGGAAACUCUGCUCUGCGUCUCGUGAUUGAGCGCGUAGGAUGACUAAUGGCAAAUAUUAGUAAAGAUGAGCUUGAAUGGAUAGAAAGAGUGAGAUCAGAAGGAAAUGUUCCAACUCUUGGUGCAGAUGAUGACUAUUCCUAUGGUUGGGCUUCCCCACCUGGAGACAAGUUCCUGGUGAGAGGUCCAGAUUACUUUUCAACCAAGGCAAAAGUUCCUGCUGGCGAAUCUCUUCUAAAGCCGCUCGGUUUCGACUGGAUAAGAAGCUCUGCAAAGAUUGGAGAGAUCUUGAACCAUCCAGACAACCGUAUCGGGAAGGCGAUCAAGGACUCUUUUCCAACAGGUCCUAGGCCUUUUAUCUGGGCAUUUAAUAUACAACUUCCCUGCAAAGAGAACUACAAUCUUGUGGCUUAUUUCGCAGCCACAGAGCCCGUAGCCAAAGGCUCUUUAAUCGACCAAUUCCUCAAAGGUGAUGACCACUUCAGAAACUCAAGGCUGAAACUGAUUGCUGACAUUGUAAAAGGCCCCUGGAUUGUCAAAAAGGCUGUUGGGGAGCAAGCCAUAUGCAUCGUCGGGCGCGUUCUUUCGUGUAAAUACGUCAUAGGAGACAACUUCUUCGAAGUCGACAUCGACGUGGGAACAAAUAUCAUGGCGAAGGCCGUGUUUCAUCUGGCAUUUGGUUACUUCACAGCCCUGACAGUUGAUAUAGCUUUCCUCAUUGAAAGCAAAACAAAGUCUGAGCUUCCUGAAAAAAUUCUGGGCUGUUUUAGAUUCUCUGAUCUGAACCCUGCUUCUGCCAUGGCAAUGGAGGCAUCUAAUUCCUUGGACAGGUCUGCUACCAGUUUGCAGCAAGCUUCUGGGGCUACAUGGCUGUGGAAAUCAAUUGGGAAAGGUAUUUCUAGCAUUCCUCAUUCUGGUACUCAAGAAAGUGAUUCAAUGUUAGAAUAAUCAUAGUAAUGAAAAUUUGAUUGGGAAAUAGAAAAAAGAAGGUUAAAUUUGAGGCUAAAUGUAUAAUUUAUGUGUUAAUGUUCGAGACGAAAGUCUUUCCAAUAUUCGUGAGAUGAGAAGAUUUCCCCAUAACCUAUGUGACAUUCAUAAUUAUUAAUUCAUGUUUUAUUAGGAUGUGAAUCAA